UCCGAGGAAGCAAGCGGCAGUGGCGACUGGGCGGAAAGAUAAGGAAAGAAAGGAAGUGAGGAAGUAGCUAGGGAGAGAAGGAAAAUGAAGCCAGCGCUGGGGGAGCCCGCGAGAGGGUGGCCGAUAGUGGAGCAGGGCGGAUUUGGCUGCUUCUCCGCAUCGCGGGUGUGAACGCCCUCUCCAACGCGUUAGGAAGAUAAGUGAGUCUCGCCUGGGCGGAAGGAAAAGAAUUCAUCCAAGUGAAAGCGUUGCUCUUCUCUCACCUCUGCUCCCUCGGAACUCCGACCGCUUCUCAGCCCAGCCGUCUCGCCGCGCCGGACGCAGUGCCCUAGGCGCCCUGCAGAUGGGGCGGGCAGGGAACAGGCGCCCAAGCCGCGGGUGACAGGCGCUGGCCCGCCCGCCUGCCCCGCUCGGCCGAGGGACCCGGCGGGCAGAGGAUGCAAGGCAAAGGAACCCGGGAGUCGGAUCUGAGACUGCCGAGUCCGCGCUAGACUCCAACUUGGAUGGCCCAGAGACCGCUCUAGCUCCUGGGACCGCUUCACCGCGUCUAGUGAAGCUGCGCUCGGGACCUGGAGGCGGAGACCUUAGGCGGCGGCUGCAGAGGGGCGAGCCGGGCGCAGGAGGGGGCGCGCUUUCUCCCUGCGGGUCUCAGUAAUGAGGAGACUGACUUUGUGGUGGCUGCUAAGCAGGGUCUGUCUGCUGCUGCCUCCGCCCUGCGCACUGGUGCUGGCCGGGGUACCCGGCUCCUCCUCGCACCCGCAGCCCUGCCAGAUCCUCAAGCGCAUCGGGCACGCGGUGAGGGUGGGCGCCGUUCACUUGCAGCCCUGGACCACAACCCCACGCGUAACUAGCCGCGCUCCGGACCGCAACAGGGCAGGUGCCCAGAGGGAUGAGCCAGAGCCAGGGACUUGGCGGCCGCCGGCGCCCUCGCAGGGUGCACGUUGGAUGGGGAGCACUCUGCAUGGCCGGGGGCCGCCGAGCGCCAGGAAGCCAGGGGAGGGCGCCGGGGCCGAGACCUUGUGGCCGCGGGACGCCCUUCUGUUCGCUGUGGACAACCUGAACCGCGUGGAAGGUCUGCUGCCCUACAACCUGUCUUUGGAAGUAGUGAUGGCCAUCGAGGCGGGCCUGGGGGAUCUGCCGCUUUUGCCCUUCUCCUCCCCUAGCUCACCAUGGAGCAGUGACCCUUUCUCCUUUCUGCAGAGCGUGUGCCACACUGUGGUGGUGCAAGGGGUAUCAGCGCUACUGGCCUUUCCCCAGAGCCAGGGCGAGAUGAUGGAGCUCGACUUGGUCAGCUCGGUCUUGCACAUUCCAGUGAUCAGCAUCGUCCACCACGAGUUUCCACGGGAGAGUCAGAAUCCCCUUCACCUACAACUGAGUUUAGAAAAUUCAUUAAGUUCUGAUGCUGAUGUCACUGUCUCAAUCCUGACCAUGAACAACUGGUACAAUUUUAGCUUGUUGCUGUGCCAGGAAGACUGGAACAUCACCGACUUCCUCCUCCUCACCCAGAAUAAUUCCAAGUUCCACCUCGGGUCUAUCAUCAACAUCACUGCUAACCUCUCCUCCACCAAGGACCUCUUGAGCUUCCUGGAGGUCCAACUUGAGAGCGUUAAGAACAGCACACCCACAAUGGUGAUGUUUGGCUGCAACAUGGAGAGUAUCCGGCAGAUUUUUGAAAUUACCACCCAGUUCGGGGUAACACCCCCUGAGCUUCACUGGGUGCUGGGAGAUUCCCAGAAUGUGGAGGAACUGAGGACAGAAGGUCUACCCUUAGGGCUCAUCGCUCAUGGAAAAACUACGCAGUCUGUGUUUGAGCACUACGUGCAAGAUGCCAUGGAACUGGUUGCAAGAGCUGUAGCCACAGCCACCAUGAUCCAGCCAGAACUUGCUCUCAUUCCCAGCACGAUGAACUGCAUGGAUGUGAAAACUACAAAUCUCACUUCAGGACAAUAUUUAUCAAGGUUUCUAGCCAAUACCACUUUCAGAGGCCUCAGUGGUUCCAUCAAAGUAAAAGGUUCCAUCAUCAUCAGCUCAGAAAACAACUUUUUCAUCUGGAAUCUGCAACAUGACCCUAUGGGAAAGCCAAUGUGGACCCGCUUGGGCAGCUGGCAGGGUGGGAAGAUUGUCAUGGACUAUGGCAUAUGGCCAGAACAGGCCCAGAGGCAUAAAACUCACUUCCAGCACCCAAGUAAGCUACACUUAAGAGUGGUUACCCUGAUUGAGCACCCAUUCGUCUUCACAAGGGAGGUAGAUGAUGAAGGCUUGUGUCCUGCUGGCCAACUCUGUCUCGACCCUAUGACUAAUGACUCCUCCUUAUUAGACAGCCUAUUUAGUAGCCUCCAUAGCAGUAAUGAUACAGUGCCAAUCAAAUUCAAGAAGUGUUGCUAUGGAUAUUGCAUUGAUCUGCUGGAAAAGCUAGCAGAAGACAUGAACUUUGACUAUGAUCUCUAUAUUGUUGGGGAUGGAAAGUAUGGAGCUUGGAAAAAUGGCCACUGGACUGGGCUGGUGGGUGAUCUUUUAAGUGGGACUGCCCACAUGGCAGUCACUUCCUUCAGCAUCAACACUGCACGGAGCCAGGUGAUUGAUUUCACCAGCCCUUUCUUCUCCACCAGCUUGGGCAUCUUAGUGAGGACCCGAGAUACUGCAGCUCCCAUUGGAGCCUUCAUGUGGCCACUCCACUGGACUAUGUGGCUGGGGAUUUUUGUGGCCCUGCAUAUCACUGCCAUCUUUCUCACUCUGUACGAAUGGAAGAGUCCAUUUGGUAUGACUCCCAAGGGACGGAAUAGAAAUAAAGUCUUCUCCUUCUCUUCAGCCCUGAAUGUCUGUUACGCCCUCUUGUUUGGUAGAACAGCAGCCAUCAAGCCCCCAAAAUGCUGGACUGGAAGAUUUCUAAUGAAUCUUUGGGCCAUUUUCUGUAUGUUUUGCCUUUCUACGUAUACGGCAAACUUGGCUGCUGUCAUGGUAGGUGAGAAGAUCUAUGAAGAGCUUUCUGGAAUACAUGACCCUAAGCUGCACCAUCCUUCCCAAGGCUUUCGGUUUGGAACUGUCCGGGAGAGCAGUGCUGAAGAUUAUGUGAGGCAAAGCUUCCCAGAGAUGCAUGAGUAUAUGAGAAGGUACAAUGUUCCAGCCACGCCAGAUGGAGUGCAGUACCUCAAGAAUGAUCCAGAGAAACUAGACGCCUUCAUCAUGGACAAAGCCCUUCUGGAUUAUGAAGUGUCAAUAGAUGCUGACUGUAAACUUCUAACCGUGGGGAAGCCGUUUGCCAUAGAAGGAUAUGGCAUUGGUCUUCCACCCAACUCUCCACUGACCUCCAAUAUAUCUGAGCUAAUCAGUCAAUAUAAGUCACAUGGGUUUAUGGAUGUGCUUCAUGACAAGUGGUACAAAGUGGUUCCAUGUGGCAAGAGAACAUUCGCUGUCACUGAGACUUUGCAAAUGGGCAUCAAACAUUUCUCUGGACUCUUCGUGUUACUGUGCAUUGGAUUUGGUCUGUCCAUCUUGACAACCAUUGGUGAGCACAUAGUGUACAGGCUGCUGCUACCACGAAUCAAAAACAAAUCCAAACUGCAAUAUUGGCUGCACACCAGUCAGAGAUUGCACAGAGCAUUAAACACAUCAUUUGUAGAAGAAAAGCAACAGCGUUUCAAGACCAAACGUGUGGAAAAGAGGUCCAACAUCGGACCCCAUCAACUCAUGGUAUGGAACACAUCCAAUCUGAGUCAUGACAACCAACGAAAAUACAUCUUUAGUGACGAGGGAGGACAAAACCAGCUGGGCAUUCGGACCCACCAGGACAUCCCUCUCCCUCCAAGGAGAAGAGAGCUCCCUGCCUCACUGACCACCAAUGGGAAAGCAGACACCCUCAACGUAGCUCGGAACUCAGUUAUGCAGGAACUCUCAGAGCUGGAGAAGCAGAUUCAGGUGAUCCGCCAGGAGCUACAGUUGGCUGUGAGCAGGAAAACUGAGCUGGAAGAGUAUCAAAGGACAAAUCGGACUUGUGAGUCCUAGGCGAUCAGGCUGCUCCCCCUCUCCCAACUCCUGGCCUUCCUGAGCCCUUGAGAUACUUUAUAAUGCUCUUUUGUAAGGAUGGACAAAGGUGGGAGAAACUGAGAUCUAGAUCUUCUAAGGGGCACGUCUGCUCUCCCCAAACUAAUAUGCAGCAGUGAUUUUUUCCAGACUCACCCCCUAGGUCUCCAGGAUUGAAGGAUUUUUCAUAGCAGGAGCCUAAAGUUAGGAGUAAACUCUGUAUAAGGGACCUGUGAACAACCAGACAACCCCAGUUCCUGUUAACCUUUCACCAGGUGCCACAGUAAUAUUUCCAGUUUUUAGCCCUUUCUCUGCACUAUCAACCAGAGAUAAAAUUGUUACUCAUACCUGUGUCUUACUGGGUUGUUGGUUUUAGUCUUAACAGAGAACAGAAUUAUCCAGGGUUAUAACUUUUGAUACAACUCUCCAAUCUAGAUUGUACCCACAUUCUGAAUGGGGAGCAGGGUAAGUACUAGAGUAACUUGAGGGAGAGGGCAUACUUAAAAAUUAAGCAAACUCAAUAUCACUGCAGGUAAGGAUUGACUGGAUCAGGCAAGAACCAUGCUCUUGAGAAAGAUCUGGAUCUCUGACCCCAUCCUAACAUUUAGUAAGAACAUGUUUACAUGACACUACGAAAAGGAAUAGGAACGUGGUGAGUGGGGAUAGAGGUCAGGUAAAGGGAGCCUGAAAAAUGCACACCAUGCUUUUACAACAAAACCUCUGGGCCAGAAAGGCCAUUGGCUAAUGAAUGAAUAGAUUAUACUUCUAAUCUAACUAAGCAUUUCCACUAUAGUGCGUGCCUUUUAUAAAGGAAAUGAAAGAGAAAAGCAAAGCAAGGUUAGGGUGAACUAGGAAUAUCCUGCUUAUUGCUUGUGAAUAAGGGCAUGUGAACUGGACUGUGGGUGAAGGGAAAUGUUCUGCACAUCAUAUACUAGGUCAUUUUCAGAUCAGCAGUCACCUCCCAGCCAUAGGAAUCCAAAAAGAACCUCCAGCCCGAGAACGUCAGGAGGUUCAGCAUUUAGUAGUCUGUGCUCUGCGUACCUGUAUGGAUAUCACCAAGUCAAUCUCCCAUCCUUCACACCCACUCAUUUCUGAGGAGCUAAGAACAGAUUUUGGUCCCUUUGCUUAUCCUCCAGGUCCCAUCCAAUGUCCCCCAAACACUGAUAUAGGUAACAUAACUUCCCCCUUGCCUAGGCACCUUUUUCGCAGUGAUAACACCUUGGGCAUGCAAAAAGGAAAGGAAUAUGUGAACUCCAGAACUUCAGUUCCCAGGCAUUAGCAUGAAUGAGAAUUCAUUAAGAAACUCCUCAGAAUGCUGAUUGCCAGGAUCCUUCCCCAAAGAUUAAGGGAGUAAGGGUCUGGAGGUGGCUUCAGAAACCUAGUGUUAACCAACACUCCCAGGACACAUGCAGGGGGUCCUAAAAUUACUCCGGAAAGACACUACUCUGGAAGUUGUUUGGCUGCCCUCAUGAAUGGGGAGAAGUUAGGAAAGUCUUUUUGAGAAUUUUUUUCCUUAACUUCAGCACACAUCUGCUGAUUCACCUUCUACAGUGCACCCUGACCCUAGGUUUCCUUAUCAUCAAUUGUUGCUUUAUCCUCUCAGUGUUCAUUUUUCCAUUCUGAUCAGUCUGAAUAUCUACAAUAAGUUCACAGCACUGGCCAAGCAGUAUGCAGAUCAUUAGAAAGGUCACAGUUUCUCCCCUAUUUUUCUGGAUACUAUGUCUUCAGUUUCACCAAGAGCUUCCCAGUGCUCUAAGCACUUUAACUUAUAAUUAGAUAACACCUUAGCAAUUAGUUAACUGACUGAGAAAACCCAGGAGUGCUGAUAAACUCAGAGAUACUGAUAAGGGAGGUAGGAGGGCUCCAAAGUUGACUUGUUGUCAACUUCCCAGAUGAAACAGUUCAACAAUGAGGGAUCAGGUGAGCCCAACACACAGAAAAGGACAGUUUGCUUUGAAGUAUCUUCCCGCUCCCCACAUCCUCACCCUAGGCCCAAAAGCUGCCUUUGGAAGAUCAUGCCCCUUAGCCAUCCCCACCCAUCUCUGACAAACAAGCAUACCUAGAGAUUCUGCCGCCAUGCCCUGAGCACCCCUGGACAUCUGCACAGCAUGGAAGGCUGAUGUACAGGUGUACCUCAAUUCGUGUAACAGCCAUGCUCUUAAUGUACGUGGACAUUUUUGUAACUAAACUCAUAUCGUGACUAUAUUGAGAAGCUGACUCUUUAAGGGAACCCAGAGGUGAAUUCUUUUGUAAAGAAUCCUUUUGUAAUGCAAUUAAUUAUCCCUUAAUGUAUCUGUUUUGUAAGUUUGGAUUUUUGUAUAUCAGGUUUACCUUAAGCUUCUCUACUGAGGCAUUCUGAGCGGUGGCAAUCAUACCACCUUAUCCACAGAGUAGAGGACCAGUGCACACUCCUCAAGUAUCUUCUGAGGAACUACCUGGCCAGAAUUGUGGCCAGAUGCAGCGAGAAGCAGCAGGGGGUGAAGCCAGGCUUAUUGCUGUCAAUAUUGCUUGAAAUACUCCCAAGUCCUGGGCAAAGAAAAACCAUAAUUGCUUGUGUUGAAAUGAAGCAGUCUUCAUGUUCAGUAGCAAUGGUUUUUUAAAUGGUAGUAAUUGAAAAGUGUUUUGCAAUUUGUGAAACAGUGUAUUGUGUUUUGUAAAAAGACUUCAUGAAAUGGUGGGUCCUUGAAACUCUUCUUUCUAUUCUACUCCACAUUUCUUCUCUCAACUUCCCUCCUUAGGCUCAAAAAAAAAAAAAAAAAGAAGAUCCAACAACAAAGAUCAGAAACCUUCAGGUGGAAGGUUGCAUUUUUGGGAAAUUAGAAAGAGCUAAGGGAUGAUAGCUACCUUGCAUCCUUUCACUGGCUUCCAUUCCAUGAGAUCAGGAAAGACCUCCAUUCUCUUACAAGUUCUGGUACUGGGAAAUAUGGCACAUGGCAAACUAUAUCCCAUCCUCCAAAGGGGAAAUCCUGGCACAGUAAGCACAUACAGCAUGACUGGGUGAGCUGAAAUGGAGAUGGUUUCUUGGUUCGUGUAAAUAAUAAGGGCCCCAGAGUGUGUACACCACGAGGUAGAGAAAGGCGAUUUCUCCAAUACGUAAAAAAAGGUUUAAAGGACUUGGACAGCCAAGUGAGGCGGCCAGCCACAGAGCCCAGUCAUUUGAGGUCUUUAAUGUGCAUGGAGGUGACUCCCCAUUAUUCACGAAUCUUGCUAAUGCACAAACCCUAUACAGGAGCUGCUGCUUCCCUUUCAGCCCAAGAAGUGGUAAAUGGAACAAGAGUCAAGUGGAACAGUGCUAUGAUCUGGGAACAAACGUCUCAGUGUUGGUGCUAGGUCUGUCAGAGUCUUGGAGCAAGUUAAGUGCUUCCUUGGUGUGGAUAUAGAAUGAAGGGAAAAGAAACUACUUUAGAGCCUCUUUUCCUCCCAACUCAUGUUUUUGACAGGCAAACCAGGAAAUCCCAAGGAAUUGCUUUCUAGCCAUUAAAACCACUAUCUGCACUGUUUAGUUACUCUUUUUUCACCCAACUCAACAACUCAUCUAAUCCAGGAUUCCCUCACUCUUCUCUUUAACUACUGAUCAUUUUAUGAAAAUAAUGUACUUAUAAAUAUUUUCUUAAGGUUUGUGAAGAGUAUUUGCAUUGUGUCUUCAUUUUAAUGUGUGCAACUGCUAUGCUCCAAGAACCAAAAGCCUGUCUUGUGAGCGUCAAGUGAACAGGCUGUUUUGCUCCAGCCACUUUAUUGUACAACAACGUGGAUGGACAAGAUGUCCUCAGGUCUUCUCCAUCUUCAGUUUCUAUGACUGUGGAAUAAAUGUUCAGA